AUACCGAACCAACUGCCCGAUCUCUAUUAGACCCACCUCAUACCUAUAGCCAGAUGCUCCAAUUACAAUCACCUGCCAAGAAAACCCUUACUCUCGAACCAUCAGCACUAUGGAGCAUCCAA